UUUAUGAUUCUUAUAUCAUUAUAAUGUAUAGUUCUAUAGUAAUUGUUAUUAAUUUGAUUAUUGCAGAAGAGUAACAAUGCUUUUCAUUACGCUCCUUAUCACCCCUAGUGGUGUGUUUUUGUUGCGUCUAUUCAUGCACAAGAGUGGGUGUUGGUCAGUGUGCUGGUUCUGUCCGGUCCAAAAACUUCUUAAAGGACAGUAAGUGAGAGUGUGGAGACGCUGCUCCAGGGGGAACCCUGACCUGCACUGACCUGGAUCCCUGCAGGCAGCUGAGCUGCAGAGAUUCCAGGUCGACUCAGAGCCGCCGUGACCCUGAUUUGCACCCACCCAGAACCGUCAGGUCCACUUUGUACGACUCUUUGAUGCCGCUGAGGCGGUUCUUUCCUUUGAGUUGCAUUUUGGCCCCGCAGUGAUGGGAUCGCGGGUUAGAUUCCCCGCCGUGUUUACAACGUUGUGAUGUUUCAUAACCGCGCGGACGGCCUACAUCUGUCACUGUCCAAAUCAAUAGAGAUGAUUGAAGAACGGUCCAUCGCCUGAUUGGCUGAGCCGCCUGGCCUGGCCCCGCCCACUCACUGCCACCACAGGAGGCAGAUAAAUACGAGACAAGUUCAGAUGAGUUCCUUCCUUUUGUCAUCUGACUGUUCCAACAUUGAAUUGUUACUACUGCACCUGAACGCACCGUCUCUCUACUUUUACAUCAGGUUCUGAAGUGGACUGGAUCUGGAUCAAGAUGGAUGUGGAGGAUCUGGACUAUCACUCGGUCAGCACAGAGCGGAGCUUCCUGGACGCCCCUUCCCCCUCCUCAUCCUCGUCUUCAACCCCCCCCACGCAGCUGGGCUCCCCGACAGGGUCAAGUUCAAGCGCAGGAAGUGGCGUCGCCACGCCGUCUGUCGCUUCCUCCUGUUUCUCUGUGCCCGAUCACUUUUCCUGCGAGGUGGAGGCGCUCUUCAGAGGUCACUUCCUGCCGCCGGUGGCGCCCGAGCGGCUGUGCCUGGUCUGUGGCGACAUGGCGUCGGGAUUCCACUAUGGCGUGGCGUCCUGCGAGGCCUGCAAGGCCUUCUUCAAGCGCACCGUCCAAGGCAACAUGGAGUACAGCUGCCCUGUGAGCAAGGAGUGUGAGAUCAACAAGCGGAGGAGGAAGGCGUGUCAGGCUUGUCGCUUCCACAAGUGUCUGCAGGCCGGGAUGAUGAGGGAAGGCGUUCGCAUGGAUCGAGUGAGAGGAGGACGACAGAAGUACAAAAGACGAGCUGAGGCAGGAAUAACUUCCUAUUCCAGAACGCCGCACGCCGCCUGCAGCAGCCGCAGCCGAAACAAGGUCAUUUCCCAUUUGCUGCUGACAGAGCCCGCCCCUCUGGCUGCCAAUCAGGAUGAAUCGACCAAUGACGGCACCCUGCUGACCCUCUGCGACCUCCUCAACCGCCAGCUGCUGGUUCUGAUUGGCUGGGCCAAGCAGAUCCCAGGCUUCUCCGCGCUCUCAUUGGUGGACCAGAUGUCACUGCUGCAGAGCGGCUGGAUGGAGGCGCUGCUGGUGGGCGUGGCCUGGCGCUCGCAGGGCGCGGCGGGGAAGGAGCUGGUGUUCGCCAAGAACCUUCGCCUGGACGAGAGUCAGUGUCGCCUCACCGGCCUCAGUGAGCUCUACCACGCCGUACGUCACCUGACCUCACGUUACCGUCUCAUGGAGCUCAGCCUCGAGGAGGUGGUCACCCUCAAGGCCAUGGCCCUCGCCAACGCAGACGUGGACCCGGUGGACUGUCCCGACUCGCUGCAGCGCUUCCAGGACGGUCUGCACGAGGCCCUGCAGGACUACGAGGCGUCCUGCGGGGGGCGCCACCGAGCGGGCCGCCUGCUGAUGAGCCUCCCGCUGCUGCGUGAGACGGCCGAGCGGGCCGUGGAGGUUCUGCUGAGGACGCGCCGUCGCGUUCCUCUCCACAGACUGCUGCUGGAGAUGCUGGACGCCAACUUGGCCAAGGUCUAAGCGCAUCCUGGCCAUCAUCCACGCUCAGGGACACGGCGACAAUGGAAGACAAACAUUUUGGGGCACGCCGCAUCACGCCUUGUUUGGUGGAUUCAUCCACCAUCUCAGAAUGGACUACUUAGACCGGGGUGUCCAAAGUUUUUCCACUGACAAGUGAACGCACACGGGGCCAUUUUGAUAAUUUUCAUUUUCAAAACAAAUAUAUUUUGUAACCCUCAAAUAUGGUGAGUGUUAAAGAUUCCGGGGACCCAAAAUGGUCUCAGUCAUUAAAGUGUGAAGAAAACAAGUCACAUAUUAAAUGUUUUUUUUUUUACUUUCACCGCUUGAAUAGCAAUAGAUCAGGGUUUCUUAUGGCAUGACAUUAGUGCCAAAAAUCCAAGCGCAUAAAAACUGUUAUCGCGCGCUGAUUCUCCACUUCGCGCGCGCAUGUGGUGCCUUUUUGCAGGCGCACGGUGCCUAUGUGCGCACGCUCCGUCUCGGUCUGGCAUCUCUCCUCGCGCUGUCAUGUUUGUUUUGGCACUUUGGGGGCGGGAAUGGUUAGACGACCCCUUCUUUCUGAUUGGCUUUGAGCGCUGUCAGUCAUUGGCAAUGUGGCGGCCAUCUUACCUCAGGCAGCUGGCCCCGCCCAGUACAUAGUUGUCAAGGAACAUGUACUAUUUAAAUAACCAUAACUUGCUCAAUUUUCAAAUCAUUUUCAAACGGUUCGAUUUGUUAUAAAUGUCAGGUUUUCAUGGGGCUAUCAUGGCUGAACAAGUAAGUCUUACACUAUUAUCUAUCAGAUUUAAUUUGCCUAAUGUAUUGAGCUAGAUUUUUUGUUGUUUUUUUUAAAUACAUAUUUUUAACUCUGCCAUCUAUACUGAUCUGGGCUGAUAUCUAAUUUUCCAUAGUUUGAGUUGUUUGCAGAAACCUAAAUACUUUUUAUGGUAAUAUUAAAACCAUAUUCAUUAAUUGUAGUGAUAACUUUUCAUUCAUUAUUCUACUAAAAUAGUAAUUGCAAUCAUAACAUCAAUGAUUAGGCCCAUAUGCUAAUCAUGUGGUCCUAGAUAAGUGGGUUCGGGUAAACUCAGGUGUAAACUUAAAGUAGAUAGAGGAAAGAAAAUUAAUAGUGCCCCAUUAUGGUAUACAUUCAAUAUUUACAUAUACAAAUAUUAAAUAAAUAAAAAUAUUUUUUAAAACAGACAAGUGAGGAAAGAAAACAUAUUUGUGGACUGGUUGUAUGAAAAGAGAGAUAUUGAUCUUGACACUUCAUUAACUAUGUGAUGUUCUCUCAACAGAUGAGACAUUACCUUCUUCAAAGACUUUUACAUAAAAUUCAAUUGGCAUUUUCCGCAACUCCACAAAAUUUGGACUUUUUAAGAAUUUGUUUCACGGUGGCAGAGGGGUUUAUGCGUCUGCCUCACAAUACGAAGUUCCUGCAGUCCUGGGUUCAAAUCCAGGCUCGGGAUCUUUCUGUGUGGAGUUUGCAUGUUCUCCCCGUGAAUGCAUGGGUUCCCUCCGGGUACUCCGGCUUCCUCCCACUUCCAAAGACAUGCACCUGGGGAUAGGUUGAUUGGCAACACUAAAUUGGCCCUAGUGUGUGAAUGUGAGUGUGAAUGUCUGUCUAUCUGUGUUGGCCCUGCGAUGAGGUGGCGACUUGUCCAGGGUGUACCCCACCUUCCGCCCGAUUGUAGCUGAGAUAGGCGCCAGCGCCCUCCGGGAUCCCGAAAGGGAAUAAGCGGUAGAAAAUGGAUGGAUGGAUGUUUGUCGACAGGAGCUGUAUCAUUUUGAUACAUAUUGACGUUGACCCGCCCUGCUAUACUUCGGAUUGGCCCUGAGUUUUUUUCGCCUGACCAAUCAGAAAGGAGGGGCCGUCUAAGCAUACAUGCCCCCAAAGUGCCAAAACGAAGACGGCGCGCGCACACAUAAGCACCGCGCGCACGUGAAAAGGCGCCGCGCGCGCACCAAGGGCACCACACGUGCGCAAAAGGGUGUCGCGCGCGCGCACGAAGUGGAGAAUCAGCGCGCGUUAACAGUAUUUAUGCGCUUGGAUUUUUGGCACUAAUGUGACGCCAUAGUUUCUUAACCAUUGUUAGGUCGUGAGCACCCCACAGAGAAACAUCAAAAAUAUUGCAGCUGGGGUCCAUGGUACUCAAUUGUAAUACACUUUUCUACCACUUGUGGCAGUAAUGACAAUAUCAAACAGAAGUCUGCAGCUUAAGCGCAAAAAUCAUGACUAAAGUAGUGAAGUUCUAUUUCUAUUUUCACUUUAGUUAAAAAAAAACAUUUAUUAAUAAUUUAGGUCAUUUAUGUACUAACUGUAUGUACAUUUAUUUGUGUGUUAAUAUUGAGCCCAAAGUCAAAAAUGUUAAGAACCCCAGCUUAGAUCUACUACAUAUCUAUCCGUUGACAGGUUUUUAUGUUUUAUAACAGGAACAUUUGUAUUUAAUUAAAAUUUAUUAGAAAAAUUAAUUGGAUAAAAACAAAGUAUAAUAUUUGAGGUGAAGUAAUUGGAGCCUUAGACUACAUUGAAAAAAUUCAUCCCAAUAUCGCUUUUGGUUCAAUAAGUUAAAAAUAGGUCAUAUCAAUAUAUAUAUUAUUUUUACUUGUAAACCUUAUACAUCUAGAUCAACUUCAAAUCUGUGCAUUGAUCAUAAUUUUCUAUUUUUGAGAAGUAAGUUUUAAAGUAAAAAAAUUAAAUUAAAAAAAAAAACUGCCUACAUGACAGCUGAGUGUUAUUAGUGUCAAUCUUGCAACUUUUUAUUUUUACAUUUCACCCGUUUUCUCUUUUAUUCCACAUUUUUCUUGGUAUAAUUUUUAGAGUCAAACAGAUCAGCUGCGGACCGCACCCCGGACACCCCUGCUUUAGAAGCAAGCCUGUUAGGAAGACAGCGGACAUGUCUGAUGCCAAGACGCUUGGUGGGCGGAGCUUAGCCAGCUUGAGUUACUUCCACCAACCAGAAGGUGCACCAGUGCCCCAACACGGAUGUCACGUGUUUUGUGCGACGUCAGCGGCUGAUUAACGCGUUUGAACACAAAUUCACACCCUCCAGGAUUUCACAAUUUCACGCCAAAUCCUCGCACAAUUCGGCCAAUCCGAUUAGUUCCUGCAUCCCCACUUACAGGUAGGAGAAAGACUCACUGAAAUGGGAGUGCUCCCUGGUGGUGAAGUGGAGGUAGGACUCCCAACAUCAAUGAAAGUCUUCCUAACUACAUCAAUUGAAAAGCACACUUGGAAAUUUGUAAAAUUACAAAAUUUAAAACGUUCCGCCUUAUUUUUUUUAAAGCUGUCGCAAAAUCAGGCCCUUUAGUCCGUGACAAAUCUUCACAAAGUGGGUGGGAUCCUGGAGGGAUGACUUAUUGAUCACUGAUUGGUCCUCACUGUUGACUUGAAUGAACCAAGCUACACACUUUUUUCAAAGUCAUUAAUUUGUACUAAAAUAUCUUCUUGUACUUUGUUUUUUUUUGUAGGAAAGUCUUCUGCUUCACGCGCUCGUAAAAAUGCCGACUUUGACACGACUCUUAUUUACAAAUGUCACAAUCAUGGCGCUUGUUAUCGACUUCCAAGGCUGAGCGGGUCGGAAGACGAGCGUUACAAACCGUAAAAACAAGGAAAAGAUUCUCAUUCGUCUUGAGGCGUUUUUUUUCCUCGACCAUUGAAGUGAAGCUUUGGCGACAUGUUGGUAACCAUGGCAACAGCCCUCUCAGCCAGGAAGUCAGAAGCUGGUUUCGUUCAUCUGAGGUUUGGGGCUGGCGGCCGUGCUGCCGGCCGGACUGUCCUGGCUUUCGGGCGACGUCGUUGCCUCGGACGGAGAAGGGGCGGAGCUGGCCGUCUCAGAACGCGUCGGGCUUGACGAUGCUGAGGCGGGGCUUGUGGGGGAGGUGGGCGUGAGCCUACAUUGCGGCAACGAUGGCGAGGGCGUCGGCAUCAUGGAGGGAGGCGAUCCCAGCGGGGAGGGGCGGGAACCAGGCAAGACGGAGAAGGCGGUCGACGUCCUGAAACCAAAGUGGGCUUCUGACUCGCUACAAACGGCCAAACUCCGCCUCAUUCCCUCCACUCCCGCCGCCGCUACCUCGGAACCCUUGGCGAGCUCUUGGCAACGCUCCACGAAGCUUCCCCUGCGAGCGGACCCCCAUUCCCUGUCUCGGUCGGGGUGGCGAUGGGGGCGAGGGCUACUGCCGGAGAGGGACUGCGAUCCGUACGCUGAAAAGGCGAAAGAGGGCGGGUCACGAGCGGAUCUGGCGAGCGAGGCUUGGCGAGGAAGACUCCCGCACAGCGACCCUGAUGAACCCAACGCUGCGGCUCCUCUUCCUGCAGAGUGAAGACGCUCCGGUCUGACGCCGUCACUGAGCUGUGAGUGCAGACUGGAGCGACAGGAAGUGCAAGAAUGAGUGGCGCCGAUGACAUCAUCACGGUGUGCGUGCGUACCUGCAUGUGGAGGCUCGAGGUGUGCUGUCAGGAGUUCUGGUCAGAGCCAGGUCACACUGGUCCAGAAGCUCCAGCAGCUCCUCCUCGGUGGGCCCGCCCAGUGCUGCGAGACACACAAUCAGAGCACACGUCAGCGACCACAGAGCUCGCCAUCGCAACAUGAGGGCGGGGUCUGACCUCUGAUGUCCACUUUGCCGGCGAUCUCCAUGGCGGUGGUCAGGUCCCACAUCUGGAUACUGCCGUUGCCGUGGCCGCUGAACAGGUAGCGGCGCUGCCGUGAGCCGAUGCGGCUGGAUCCUUCGCACUCGUGGACUACAAAGGCCGUGAUGGAGGUGCCAUCCACCGAGCGCACUUCACACACUCUGAAACACGCGCGGAGGAUUAGUGACGGGUCGUACUGAUGCAUUGUGGGACACAAGGAGUGAAACUCUGUCACCAUGUGACCCAUACCACUACUGUGUCGUUUGAUCGUGCUGGAUAGCACUAGCUUGCGUCUCCAGAAAAUGAGCAGUCACCAAUCCAUGAUUUCAUCCAAGUCUGUUAUCAAUCACCCUUUUCAAAACGAUAAUACUGUAAAUUCCAAACUUAGGGUUAUACAAUGGCACAGCUAAUUUAUGGAUUUUUCUUUGCUGACUGCCAUAAUACAAGAAGAGUUUUCAUUAAACACACGCGAAGACACUGAAAUGGUGUAA